AGUCACAUUAUGUUAUCUAAUGUCUGCUCAGCUUGAUUCCUUUAAGCUACCUCACCCUCAGGUGGUGUAGGUGCUUUGAAGUGGGAGAGAGAAGUUAUUUUGCUUAUGAAUGACUAUAGUUGCUUAUGAAUUGUGUAUCUUUCAGCACAUCAGCUACAAUCAACAUCUUACUUGUUUUGGCUUGUAAAGCACAAGCCCCAGCCCUGGCCAGCGUGGCUCAGCGGUUGAGCAUCAGCGGUUGAUCAUCGGCCUGGGGAACAGAGUCCCGGGUUCGGUUUCCGCUAGGGGCACGUACCCCACACACACAAAAAGCACAAGCCUGAUAGGACAGUGGGAGGCUGAAAAAUUGAUAGGCUAGUUCGCUUUCUGGCAAGUUUGCUGGGGCUGACUUUCUCAAGCCUUGAACAGUGGAAUGUGUUUUGGGGGAUCAAGAAGAAACAGAAUGUUGUUUAUGUGUGAGAAUUUGGCAUUUCCUCAUUUCUUUCCCCUUAAGUUUUCCAAUGAAGUUAGUAAAAAGAAUGUUUUUUAAAGGGGGUAGUGGCAGACGUGGCGAUCUCAUGUUCAUCCAAGUAUUAUGUUGGCUUGUUUUUAGAAUAGAAAUUCUCCCGGAAAGACAGUGGAGAGCAGCAGAAAGUGGAAUCAACUAUGAAAUUAUAAUCAUAGAUGAUGGAAGCCCAGAUGGAACAAGGGACGUUGCUGAACAGUUGGAGAAGAUCUAUGGGUCAGACAAAAUUCUUCUAAGACCACGGGAGAAAAAGUUGGGACUAGGAACUGCAUAUAUACAUGGAAUGAAGCAUGCCACAGGAAACUACAUAAUUAUUAUGGAUGCUGAUCUCUCACACCAUCCAAAAUUUAUUCCUGAAUUCAUUAGGAAGCAGAAGGAAGGUAAUUUCGACAUUGUCUCUGGGACUCGAUACAAAGGAAAUGGAGGUGUUUAUGGCUGGGAUUUUAAAAGAAAAUUAAUCAGCCGUGGGGCCAAUUUUAUAACUCAGAUUUUGCUGAGACCAGGAGCAUCCGAUUUAACAGGAAGUUUCAGAUUAUAUCGAAAAGAAGUUCUACAGAAAUUAAUAGAAAAAUGUGUUUCUAAAGGCUACGUCUUCCAGAUGGAAAUGAUUGUUCGGGCAAGACAGUUGAAUUAUACUAUUGGCGAGGUUCCAAUAACAUUUGUGGAUCGUGUUUACGGUGAAUCCAAGUUGGGAGGAAAUGAAAUAGUCUCUUUCUUGAAAGGAUUAUUGACUCUUUUUGCUACUACCUAAAAGAAAUGUAUUUAUAUUUAUCAUGUUCAUUUCAAUUUAAACAUAAAAAAGCCUGGUUGCUGAUUUUUAUAAAAUGUACUCUCAGAGCAUAAAUCAUAAGUAAGGUAAAUUUCAUGCAAAUCUUUUUUUCUGAAGAAAUUCCAUUUUAUAUGUCAAAUUAAAUUAGAAAAAUGAGCAGUGUUUUCAAUUUUAACAUUUUGCUGUAUUAAGUAAAACCUAUAAAUAAAUGCAUAUAGGGUUUUGCAUAAAAUAUUGCUGCUUUCAUUAGAGUGUGUGAAUGUAAAAUUUCUUGCAGGGGGGAGAUUUUGAAAUAUUCUCUAUAAAACCUAGAUUAUUCAUAGCUCUUUGUACUUAAUGUCAGAAGAGGAAUGCUAGUUAUAUUCAUGAAAUACAUAUGACUGUUUCUGUGUGGAUUGAAAAAGAAAUACACACCUCUUGCCCUUUCUUUGAAAAUGUAUUUCAAAAUUCUUAGAUAAAACAAUACAUUUAGAGCACAGUUUUAGAGUUUGGGUCUUUGCAGCUGUUGAAUUGAUGAAGCAAUUCAUCUGUCAAAGCAAGUCUAUUUUAAAUAUAUAUUUGAAUUGGAAACAACUUGAUAACAGUUGAUAGCAUAGCUGUGUUUUCUCCUCUGAGCAAUAACUUCUAUCAGUAAA